AUCAUCGUCUCUCUUGUCAAUGUCAUCUUCAGUAAAGCCUUGAGCUUAGUUCUAGAGAGAGAAGCAGACUCAACCCUCGGCAACCUCACCUGUAUAGCGAGUUGAUCAUCCAGAAAGGUUAGAGAGAGAGAGAGAGAGGCGUGGUACUGAAAUGGACGAAAAAGGAGGUGGGAAAUGCAUUGGAGAAGUUGGGUUCAACGAUAUUGUGGGAACGGGGCUUCCUGUUGCAGAGGCUCUUUCCUUUUACCAGGUAUUGAAAGAUGCGAUUGCAGAAGCAGGGGGCAGUGAGACAGAGGUGUGGAGGAAGCUUUCUACUCGUCUCCUCCGCCCUUCUCACUCCCACCAACUUCAUCAGUUGCUCUACUACUCUGUUUACAGGCAAUGGAAUUCUUCGACUCGAGGACCUCCGCCUUAUUGGUUCCCCACACUGUCAUCUGCCAAAAUGACAAAAUUGGGGCGGAUAAUGGAUACUCAUGGGCCAAAACUUCUAGGACACUCAUAUUGUGAUCCCAUUACAAGUUAUCAUGAGUUUCACCAGUUCUCAGUCCAUCAUCCAGAGAUUUAUUGGUCCAUUGCUUUAAGAGAACUUUCACUCGCAUUUCAUAGAGAUCCAGAGUGUAUUCUCAAUACUGGAGACAGAUCAAGGCAUGGGGGCAUUUGGUUGCAAGGUUCUGUCCUGAAUGUUGCUGAGUGUUGUCUCUUGCCAAUGAAAAAUCUGAACAAGCAUGAUGAUAGUGUAGCUGUUUUAUGGAGAGACGAGAAUCUUGAUGACUUCCCCAUAAAUCAUAUGACUUUGGGAGAACUGCGAGGUCAAGUAAUGAGGGUGGCAAAUUCACUUGAUGCCAUGUUCUCCAAGGGUGAUGCAAUUGCCAUAGAUAUGCCAAUGACAGUAAAUGCAGUUGUCAUAUACCUUGCAAUUGUUCUAGCGGGAUUUGUUGUCGUGUCCAUUGCAGACAGUUUUGCAGCAAAGGAAAUUUCAACACGCCUGCAUGUGUCUAAAGCAAAGGGCAUCUUCACACAGGACUAUAUCUUGAGGGGACAAAGGAAAUUUCCCUUAUAUAGUCGGGUCAUGGAAGCUAGUCCCUGCAAGGCUAUUGUAAUUCCUGCUAUGGGCAAGGAGGUGGACAUUAAGUUGAGGGAGCAAGAUAUGACAUGGCAUAACUUUCUCUCUCUUGCCUGUCACUGUCCAAGGCCAGAUUAUUAUUCUCCAGUUUAUAGUUCCAUUGAAUCUCUGACAAAUAUUCUUUUCUCAUCGGGAACCACUGGGGAGCCAAAGGCUAUUCCGUGGACACAGCUCUCUCCUAUUAGAUGCGCAGCCGAUUCAUGGGCGCAUAUUGAUCUCCAAUCAGGUGACAUAUUUUGCUGGCCAACAAAUUUGGGAUGGGUUAUGGGUCCAAUACUAUUAUACUCAUGCUUUCUAAAUGGUGCCACCCUUGCCCUCUACCAUGGAUCCCCUCUUGGCUUUGGCUUUUGCAAAUUUAUUCAGGAUGCGGGUGUCACUAUACUGGGUACUGUGCCAAGUUUAGUGAAAUUCUGGAAGAAUACUCAAUGCACAGAAGGCCUUGACUGGACAAAAAUAAAGGCAUUUGCUUCUACUGGAGAAGCCUCUAAUGUUGAUGAUGAUCUAUGGUUAUCAUCCCGGGCUUGUUACAGACCUGUUAUUGAAUGCUGUGGAGGAACUGAACUUGCUUCUUCUUACAUUCAAGGGAGCAUGCUGCAACCACAAGCUUUGGCAACAUUUAGCACUCCAUCAAUGUCCACAGGGUUUGUCAUCCUUGAUGAGCACGGGAUUCCUUAUCCAGCUGAUCAACCAUGUGAGGGUGAAGUGGGCUUAUAUCCUGUGUACAUGGGAGCUACUGAUAGGUUGCUCAAUGCUGAUCAUGAGGACAUUUACUUCAAAGGAAUGCCAUUUUAUAAAGGAAUGCAACUUAGGAGGCAUGGAGAUAUAAUAAAAAGAACUGUUGGGGGGUAUUACAUAGUGCAGGGUAGAGCUGAUGAUACUAUGAAUCUUGGUGGCAUAAAGACUAGUUCAGUUGAAAUUGAGCAUGCGUGUGAGGGAGCCGAUGACAAUGUAUUGGAGACUGCAGCGAUAAGUUUUUCAGCUGGGGGACCCGAACAGUUAGUUAUAUUAGCUGUUCUGAAGAAAGGAAGAAGUGCAGAUGUCAAGGUGUUGAAAGAAAACUUUUCGAGGGCCAUCCAUAGAAACCUCAAUCCUUUGUUUAAGGUGAGUUUUGUUAAAGUCGUUCCGGAAUUCCCUCGAACUGCUUCUAACAAAUUGAUGAGAAGAGUUUUGAGAGAUCAAAUUAAGAAAGAGCUUGCUAUUCAAAGAAGUAAGUUAUGACUGGAACAGUGUCCGUCCUCUUAUUCAUCCACUCGAUUUCGUCACUUUCUGAUGAAGAAUGUAGCAUUGUUCAUGUGGAUAAGAUCAAUUUGUGAACCUCAAUAAUUUAUUCCUGCAUUGAACACUUUAUUGUCCUUUUCCUUUUAACUUUUUCUGAGCAAUAUGUAAUGCUUUAUUAUUUGGAAAUCGAUGAAUUUCCAGUGGGCACACCCUAGCAUUUGUAUUUCUCAUAAAACCUCAUGGUAUUAUUAUUAUUACCAGUGAGUGAGAUAAAGACACCAUUGUUCAAA